AUGCCAGGCUUGGUCAACUGGACAACCGGCACCGUCCUCCCUCUGGCUGUCUCGGAGGUCACCUCGUGCGUCAGUGGCUAUGCCUUUGGAAUGACCGCCUGUCUGUCCUACCGCAACUCCGAGAACCAUCCUUUCGAAGGCUUGUUUGUCUAUCCCCUGGACGAAUACACCACCGUGGUAGGCUUUGAAGCGGUGAUCUCUGAACGGGUGGUAACGGUGCAGAUCAAAGACAAGGCGAGAAUCGAGGAGAGCUGCUUCAGCAAUGGAAGACCCCCAGAUGAGGAAGGCCACGUAGUUUUGGAUGAAGACCUGGAGAGGAUCAUCUUUGUGGCCAGCGUGGGCAUUGUUCCCCCUCAAGUGGAUGUGUCCAUCUGCAUCAGCACUUCCUCUGAGCUCCAGACCCUCCCAACCGGGGCCGUCAGGGUCCUCCUUCCGGCCGUCUGUGCCCCCAGAGUGCCCCAGAAAGCCUCCGAUCUGACCAGCAGCCUCUCGGGACACCACCUCCUCUUCAGGGACAGGCACUGCAGUGGGACAUUUUCUCCAGAACAAGCAGGGAAAUUUUGCCUGCCGCAUCUCCUGGAAGCCGAGACCACCAACCCUGCGGAGUACGAGUUCAGCUUCUCCCUGGAGAUCCGAGGGCCGUGUUUAUUGGCAGGAGUGGAAAGCCCCACGCACGAGAUCCGAGCGGACGCCGACCCUUCGGCCAGGUCGGCCAGGAGCAUCACCAUCACCCUGGCCAACAAGCACACCUUCGACCGUCCAGUGGAGGUCCUGAUCCAUCCGAGCGAGCCCCACAUGCCCCACGUCCUGAUGGAGGAGGGGGACAUGGCCCCUGCCCAGUACGAGCAGCACCUGAGGGGGCGGAGCGAUUUCAUCAAAGGCAUCAAGAAGGACCCCAGCCCGGAGAAAAAGACUGAAAUUAUCCGCAAGAGGCUUCACAAAGACAUCCCUCACCACCCGGUGAUCAUGUUGAACUUCUGCCCGGAUCUGAAAAUGGUGCAGCCAAACCUCCGGAUGACCCACGGAGAAUUCAUAUUCCUGGUGGACCGCAGCCAAAGUAUGGCUGGCACAAACAUUGCUCGGGUGAAGGACGCCCUGUUGGUCAUCCUGAAGAGCCUCGUGCCGGGUUGCCUCUUCAACAUCGUUGGCUUCGGAUCCACCUUCAAGGCCAUCUUCCCUGCCAGCCAGGCCUACUCGGAGGAGAACCUGGCGGGGGCCUGUGAGAGCAUCAAGAAGAUCCGGGCGGACAUGGGCAGAUCCAACAUCCUAUCUCCUCUGAAGUGGGUCAUCCGGCAGCCAAUCCACCGGGGUCACCCCCGCCUGCUUUUCCUGCUGACAGACGGGGUGGGGGGGAACACGGGCAAAGUCCUGGAGCUCCUACGAAGCCACGCCUCCUCCACUAGGUGCUACACUUUUGGCAUUGGUCAGAAUGCCUGCCAGAGGCUGCUAAGGGGCCUGGCCGCCGUAACCAAAGGAAGUGCCGAAUUCCUGGCCAAAGGGGAGAGGGUGCAGCCAAAGAUGAUCAGGUCUCUGAAGAAGGCCAUGGCACCGGUGGUGAGCGAUGUCUCCGUAGACUGGGUGUUUCCCGAAACGACGGAAGUCUUGAUUUCGCCUGUCAACGCCAGCUGCCUCUUCCCAGGAGACCGUCUGGUGGCCUACAGCAUUGUCUGCGACACGUCCCUGUACAUCUCUAACCCCCGGCUGGACAAGAGGCGCCGGUACAGGAUGCUGCAUUCGCAAGAAUCGGGAAGUUCUGUUUUUUUCCACUCCCAAGAAGAAGGAGGAGGAGGAGGAGGAGGGCUGGAGAACUGGGAGAUUACCAAGGACCCCGAAAGUGGAUUUCCUUCGGAGAGGAGCAGUGGGGAGAUGGGAAGCGAAUCGGAUAUAGAUUCAGGCACUGACCCCGUAACGACAUCCCAGCGAAGGGCCUACAGCACCAAUCAGAUUGCCGACCGGGAGCCCCCACAGAAGCUCCCCACGGCCAGCGACUCCAGCUCCGUCCCAGGCUCAAACCCUCUCCGGAAAGUCCACCUGCAGGACCUCAGCCGGAUCGCUUCAGACGCUCAGCCCUGGCAGGUGGAGCUUCAGCCUCUCACAGCCAGCCCCACCCCAACCACGAAGAAGGUCCGAGGAGUCGGUGCCCGGCGGCCAUCUCUACUCCAGGACCUGCAACAGAUGCGCAGGGGCCCCACGCAGACAGUGGCAGGGACGGGACCCGGGUCCCUUUCGGGAUACACGUAUUCGGACGGCCGAAGCCCUGGAGAACUGGAGUCUGCCCAACAUCCAUCCUUCAAUUUUGAAACUGAGUCCACCUCGGAUUGGGACCUUCUGGAUCCGGAACCGGGUUCCUCGGCUGGUGAUGGCUGGAGGGGGUCUCGAAGGUCGCUCUGCAAGGCCCUGGUGAAGGGGCUCCAGAACGGCGAACCGGUCAAAUGGGAGAUAACCUUCGACCUCGGCCCCCUCUUCCAAAGCAGAGGAGACAAGGGCCAGGAGGAAGAAGAAGAAGAAGAAGAAGAAGACAUCUGGAAUGAGACUUUCCACCACCUGGCCGCCAAGUCCAUCGUCCAGGACUUCGAGCAGCUGGCCGAGCGGGAGUUUGAGAUCGAGCAUGGGUCCGGGCGGCGGUAUCAAGCCAACGCUGUGCACACCAGCAAAUCUUGCAACGUGAUCAGCAAAUUCACGGCGUUUGUGUCAGUCGACUUGAGCAGCAAUGACUAUUUGCCAACCGUUGUUAAAUAUCCCAACACAGGUCCGUUGAUGAAGUCCUCCAGCCAUCGGAGUUCUGGGUUCGAGAGCCGACGGCAUCGAGGACUCUCAGCUAGCUGGGGGCGGAUUCAUGACGGCGCAGAUGGUGGGCUGCCCAACGCAAACGCAGAAGAGAAUAUUUUGUCUCCUUCGGGCUCACUUUCUUCCUCCGGAGGGAAUCACGAGAGUUUUCCAGAUGGGUCGCUACGUAGCCCAUCCGUUUCCUCUCAAAAGUCCAUCGAAAAUUUCUUUGGUGCCAGGUUGACGUUUAACAAGACCAGACUCCUGACCAAGGCUGCCCGAGGCUUCAUGGGGAAGUUUCCUGCCAAGAGCAACGAGCUCAGUUUGGAAAAUGAAAAUGAAAAUGUCGAUUAUCUGCCAUUGGUGUCCCUCCAGCUGGCCUGUGGCUCCUUCCUCUUGAACAAGGCCUUCUCUGAGGCCAUCAACAUCCCCCUGGAGAAGCUCAGGUGGACUUCGCCGUUCUCUUGCCACCGCAUGGACCUCAGCCCUUCUACUAGCUCCAGGAAAGUGGCAGGUCCAGGACAAGCCAAGAGCGCAGGUGUUGCUGAUGUUCCAGGGAAACAUCUCCACGAAGAGGCUGAGGAGGGGGAGACCGCCCUGCAUGGACAUCGUUCUGGAGGCCCAGCAGAAAGCUCCUCCAGAGUCCCCAAGGCUGAGACCAGGCUGUCCCUUCCCUCGAUCACCAUCCAGAGCUUCUCUACCCCAGAGAACACCCCAUCACCGCCGGACAGCGGCCGAGGCUCGGAGAGCGAGACCUCUGAACUCCAGGCAUGGCUCUUCGAUGUGGAGCUCCAGCAGCGAACCGAGCCGGAAGGGAUGCUCUGGGCCACGGCGGUGGCCUUGGCGUGGCUGGAGCACAGCUCAGCCUCCUACUUCAUUGAGUGGGAGCUAGUGGCCGCCAAGGCCAGCCGGUGGCUUGGAGAGCAGGACAUCCCGGAAGGGCGAAACCUGCCAGCCCUCAAGACAGCUGCUCAACAGCUGUUUGUGCUGCUCCGGCACUGGAAUGAAAACCUCCAGUUCAACUUGCUGUGUUACAACCCAAAGGAUGUCUAG